GGCAAGUCAGUCAGACGCCGAGUCCCUCCUUCUGAGACUGGCGGGUAACCUAGCAACACAGGGACCGCGCAGGUAACUGAGGACGGAAACCUGGCGCCCUCAGAGCCGGUUGUCAGAGACAAUAAAAACACGGUACCCAGAUAGUGUAUCCAAGUCUCAACCUCCAAGGGCAUACAGAGGCAAAGAAGGCUGCCCACAAAAUGGCUUUAGACAUUCUAGCCCUGGCCCCUUUAUACCAAAGCCCCGCCAUGAACAAAAUAGGAGGAAAGACAGACGCAUCUAAAAAUCCAGCCGACCUGCUAAAGCCCUUGGUCCCCUCUAAGACCAAACUCACCACCAUUGAGGCCAAGAGAAUCAUGUCCGUCCUGGAGGAGGCCAUCCACAAGGUGGAGCUGGUGACGGCGCUGUCGUACAUGGCCUCCAACCCUGAGGAGAUGGAGAAGGUGCUGGGGGUGGACAUCCUGAGAGCAGUGAGAGAGCAUGAGGACCUUUGCCAGACCUGCCUGGAAAGUGCCAGGUACCUGGAGGAGAGAGAAAGGCAGUUGCAGGAUGAGGAAGAGAUCGAGGAGGAAGCGUGGCUCAGGGACCUUGAGCUCUCCAUGGAGGUGCAGAAAUCCAGCCUCCUGAUGCUUAUGCAGCGGAUCAAAGACUCCACCAAGAACGUCAUGAGACUCUUGCUCAGCAACCCCCAGGCUCUCGGGCUCCUGCAGACGCAGACACUGGGAAGAAGGGAAGAAGCCCAGAAGUUUAUUGACAGCCUGAGAGAGCUCCAGGGUUUCCUCUUCGAGAAGCUACUCACUAGCCCCAUGGAAGCUAGGGAUAAGGCCCAGUUCAUUCAGGAAAUCAAUAAACGAAAUCGGAGGAACCAAGAAGUCAUUGAUGCUCUUGAAAAUGAAUUGGCAGCAAGAACAAAGAACAGGGAUGCAGAGGUGGAGAAGGACAAUAUCACGAUCCAAGAACUGAAAAGCCACCUGCAUCAGGUGCUCAAGUUCUCGGAGAGCAGCCUCCUCCGAACCAAGCACGAGGCCGAGAAGCAGCAGAAGGCAGACUUCAAGGCCUCGCAGGCCAGGGUGGCCAAGAUCCAACAGGAGAUCCUGAUGCUGCGGUCACAGUUCCACAACCUGGUCAUGGACAACCGGGAGGCAGAGCAGGCGCUGAGGAAGAAGAAAUACAAAGUGGAGACAGAAGUCGAGAACUGGAUCCAGAAAUAUGAUACGGACAUGGGUGAAAAGCAGGACGAGUACGAGGAACUGGACGCCAUCCACCAGGAGGAGAAGGUGCAGCUGAACGAGCUGCAGCAGAGGCACGACGUGCUGCUGGAGGAGUUCGCGCAGAUCCGGGAGGAGCAGGAGAUCCUGUCCAAGAGGCGGCUGGAGGCGGAGCAGGAGAUGGUGCGGAUGGUGCGCGCGGCCACGCUCAUCCAGGCCUUGUGGAAGGGCUACCUGGUGCGCUCCCUGCUCAGAUCCAAGAGGAAGAAGCGGGGCAAGGGCAAGGCGAAGGACAAGGCGAAGGAGAAGGAAAAGGGCAAGGAGAAGGGCAAGGCGAAGGGCAAGGGCAAGAAAUGAGCCUCCACCCGGAGCGCCCCUGACCCGGCACUGUCGCACCCUCGCCCUCCCAGAGAUCAGGCCAGGGAGCCACCGGGAUGGGCAGCCCUGCAGUUCAAGGUUUUAAUGAUCUUUUAAAAUUCAAAAACAUUUUAAAUCACAUUCAUAGUAACAGGCCACAAAUAAACGUCACUUCCUCAA